UAUAUAUGGUGUGUUGCUUCUCUUCUCCAUCUCUUCUCCACCCCGAGGCGACCAACAAAGGCGGAGCGACCAGAGAGGCGAAGGAGGAAGAAGAGCGACUAGAGAUUGGGAAGAAAAAGGCAAAAUCCAACAUAAUCUAGCAUCAACCAAGGGCAAAUAGAGUAAAUAAACAUUGGAUUAACGAUUCGGGCAAUGGAUAGGAGUGGAACGGACACCAUGCGGAUUGGAUCCAACCGUCAGAAGUAACCAAGGGUGUUGACCGGAAAGGCCGAGGAGAGGCCCAAUCCACUCCCGAAAUUGGCCUAUAUCAGCCCAUAUAAUAUUAGUAUUUACAAUUGCAAUGUACUACCUUAUUUUCUUGCAGUUUAAAUAUAUGUAAUAAGGGGAUAUAAGGAGGAUUGUAUGAGGAAAUAGAAAAGAAAUGAAAUAGUAUCUUCUUCCCCAAUUCGCCUUUUUACCUAUCUCAAUUCCCCAAUUCUCAUAUCUGUCUCAAUUCCUUAUCCCUCUCUACCUCUAUCUCUAUCUCUAUGUCUCCUUCUCUUACCUCCUUUAGCCUCAAUUACCUCGGAAUUGCGACCGUGAGCCAUCAUCAUCCUCGUCGCCGUCCUCACCUCAGAGAAUUCUCAUCCUUGGCUGGUUGCGACAAGUCUGGGAUAUUACAAAUUCAACUUCGGCUUCUUCUUCCUCCUCUCCUCUCCUUUCCUUUCCUAUGAUUUGUUGUUAAUCCAUGAGGCCUCUCCCUCUCAAACUCCUCUCUCUCCUCCUCUUCCUCCUCGUCCUCAUCCUCUUCUUUUCUCCCUCGCCUCUUGCCCUAAUUCGCUCCUCGGCCCCUCACAAGCUCCCCUUCCGCUCCUCCGACCUCCUCCCUCUCCUCCCAUGGCGCCUCGCGCAGCCGAUCUUGAAAUCUCUCCGCAGGGCCGUCGACCUCCUCACCUUCGUCGGCACCGCCUCGUCCCCCGGCGACUCCAUCGAGUGGAAGGGCGCGUGCUUCUACGAGAACAAGGCAUGGUUGGAGUGCCACAACAAGAGUGGGUCCCCAUACGGGGGCAGCACACUCCAUAUCAAGGCGACUCAGAACAACAAGGAAUUCAUCGGCUGUUCGCCAUGCUCUCAAGCUUAUCUUUCUAGUUCAAAUUUUCACUGUAGUUGUGCUGAAAAAUCUGGUUCAGAUGACAAAUGCGAAGGGCCAAAUGUUGAUAUUACUGUGCUCGGAGUGUCAGAACUCCAACGGAAACUGGUCGGUGAAGGAUCCCAUCGAAAUUUGGUUUCCACCUUGAGAUUCAUUGACUGUUCAGAUGCUAUGCCAAAUUUUCUCAAUAGUUACGAUUGUGAAGCAGUGAUUAUUGAAAGACUUCCAAGAGGGGUUUUUGCUGAUCCCUUUGAGCUGCAACAUUUAGUCAAUCGCAGAGUUUUUGCUGAUGUGGCAGUUUUCGGGGAUACUAAUUUGGAACUACCCUCUGCUCUCUCAAACAAAUCAAUUGUUCAGAUUCAUAUGGAUCUUCAGCAUCAUAAUCUAUUGAGCAAUUGUGAAAUUGUUAUUGAAUUGCCUCUGCAUGCUAGAUAUCCGCCCCUUGAUGUGAGUGGCUAUGCAACGGUUGAUAUCGGCGGUCCAGAUCUGCUAUUACGAUUCAGGCCAAAAGAGGUAAGUUCAAAUUCCUGUUUUUGGUCGGUUACUCCUGUUGAUGUGGGACCUGCAAAGAUGGUCAAGUGGCAAAUACCUUGUGGAAGCGAAGCACAUUCAGGAAUGGUGUCAACUAUCACUUUUGUCUCAGCUCUAGUUGGUGCUAUGUCAAUUGUUUUCUCCGCUGUAUUUUACUCUCCGAAAAAUGUUUCUAAAAUAUUGUAAUAAAAUCUUUUGCAGAAUUAUUAAAUUUUGAUGCCAUUGAUGUGAUUUA